AUGGAACUUUCUCGAACAUUUGCUUUGUUCCUAGAGGACUUCUGCAGUCGAGUGCACGUGACGGACAUUCCUACGAUCGAAGCUGUGGGCUACACUUCCAGGAGAAGGCGUAAGCAUUCGGCGGACUAUCGGGUUUUCGUCGGAAGACCGAGCCACGCAAGUCUGCAGCCACACUUGGAGCGUCUCGUGCACGAACUCUUGUCUGCUAGUGCGUCCUGGACUAUACCUCUCAGCAGUUGCCAGAUCCUAUCACCACAGUAUCUCGAUGUUUCUCUGAACCGCGCCGCAGCUUACAGAUCGUUGUUCAGUUUUAUACUUGGCCCUCAAGGGAUGAGCGGUCAGCAGCAGGAACGAGUCAGCGGCGAAAACAGUGUGCUCAUAUUUGUCCCUCACCUCGACGAAUCGUUCACGGGCAUACGGACCGAAAUAUUGGCGGCCUAUGCCUCGAGAUGUUAUGGUGACAGGAAUGUGGGUGUUAACAUCUACACCACCAAGCCAUUGCGUUCACUACAGCGGCAUGCUUUUCACAAUAUAAUCACAUGCGACCAAGGCUUUGCAUCCGGAACACACGGAAACGACGUAGUUACUGAUUACAUGAAAUUUUUUGAAGAGGGAGAAACAUUUAAUCUUAAGAGCUACGUCGCCAGCGAAGGCAUUGAUGUUUCGGGCCACGACGUACAUCUUGGCAAAGUGAGCAUUGAAAGCCCUGCGUUUGUGAUUGCACGCCAGCUUGCGCACAUCCUCAGAAAUCACAGUGACACCAAUUCUAUCACUGUACUUGUAGUCAUUCCAGCCUGUAAAAGUUUUGUUGUACAACAGGCUGGACUCUUGUGCACAGCGAUGCUUCCCGGGGAUCAGCUAAACAAGCUUCAGCCAACGGUGCUUUAUUUGAUUCAUGAAGGGACUUUUGAACUCGGCGAUUGUUCCUUCGACGAUUACUUGGAGCAGAGGAGGACUUUUGUGAUGGGAGCCUUUCAGCGUCCUCAAGCAGACCCGUCGGCCUCUGGCGGAGGCUGCAGUUUCGAAAACGAGUCUGCACUGACUGGCAACAACUUACAGGCAGCAAUCAACGUGCUUGUGGAGACUGAAGUCACUUACGAGUUCCUCUCAAGCAAGCAGAAUGUCAAGUUGAAAUUGUGCGAGCGCUUGAGUCAUGCAGAAAAGGGCCACUACUUCUCUCAGUACACCUUGGCUAGGAUUGCUGCGAUACUAGACAAGUAUGAAUCGUCUGUAAAAGCAGGCACAUACCCAGCACUGUGCCUGCUGGAAGACGUCGACUUUGACCUGCUCUGCGAAGAGCCCGAGUGGCUGCUGUGGCACAGGCUGUUGCUUUGCUGGCAGGUGCUUCGAGAGCCCAUGCCCCAGACACUGCCUGGCAGUGUGAAAGUGGAAGUGAAUGCGCACACCCUCUUCAGAGCCCUGGAGGCACUCUGCACAGAGUUCAGUGCCUACUACAGCAAGGUCAGGGUUCUCGUUCAUCCAGAGCCCCACCUGAAUGCCACGGUGUUCGCGCGAAUCUGGCUCAUCAAGGCUGUCCAGAGGAUGGUGCUGUGUGUGCUGAACAGGUUUGGCUUGAAAGGGUUAAACAGAAUGUGACUGUGAUGCAGUCAGAAUGCAUUUGCAUUUGUUGACAGGACAGAAUGUGAUUGUGUGCAUUCGUGUGGACACCUCUUUUUUUUUCUUGUUUUUCGUGGUUGUUUUUUUUUUCUCUUAGAACACUUGGUCAGAGUGUAGUGGUUUUAUGUUUGACUUCAUUUUAUAUGUGAAUGUUCCAUUCUGUUGAUGUGUUGAUUGUAAUGCUUUUUUUUCUUAUGCAGCUACGGAUAGUUUCAUAUUGGGUCACUUGGUGUACAAACACAAGUUAAUCAUGCUGUAUAAUAUUUUGUUUGGAGGUACUGGUACCAUAUCAAAGCAGUUCAGAGGAUGGUGCUUUGUGUGCUGAAUUUGGCUUGAAAGGGUUGGAGAGGACUGCCUUGGUGAUUUUUUUCUCUAUGGACAGUGUGUGGGGGGUGCUUUUAUAUUUGACUUAAUUUUGUAUGUGUAUGUCCCUUUCUGCUGAUGUCUGCAUUGUAAUGUCGAGUUUUUUUUGUUUUUUUAAAUAUGUGGGACAGUACACAGAUGGUUUCAUAUUGAGUCACUUCGUGUAUGAAAGGUUUUCUUAGUGACAAGUUAGGCAUGCCGGAUGAAAUUGUUUGAAUACACUGUACCAGAGGAUGGUGCUUUGUGUGCUGAAGUGGCUUGGCUUGAAAGGGUUGUGGACAGAAUGCGACUGUGAUGCACUGAAGUACAGCUGUCGUUUGUGUGGACCUUUUUUUUUUUUCUGAAAUACUGUGGAAAGUAUGUGGUGGCUUUAUAUAUUUGAUUUCAUUUCGUAUUUGUCUGUUCCUUUUUGAUAAUGUGUUGAUUGUAAUGUUCGAGAUUUUUUUUAUAAAAGAUGGGACAAUAUAGAUGAUUUCAUGUUGGGCUAGUUCGUGGGUGAAUGUUUGUUUCUUCAUGGCGAGUUAGGCAUUGCCGCAUAAAACUUCGUUUGAAGGUGCCAGUAUCUGAUGUGGUCAUGUUUCUAAAUCACGGUGCUUUGUGCAUAAAUUGCUCUCCCAUAACUUGGGCACAUCUGAGGUUCCAUUUGAAAUGGCUGUAUAAGAUGUGGCAUAUUUCCAUAACGUGCUCAUUUGUGUGGGAAUGUUUAUUUCUGACACUGUUCUUAGCAGCUGGGUAGUUGAAUUACCAUGUCUCAAAAGGGGCUGUUCAAUGAAAUGAAAAUAACUUCAUGAAAUCACAAUGGCGCCUUGUGUUGUUGCGACUGUACGCUGUAGAAAACACGUACAUACAUAUACAUGGGAGCAUCCUCUGCAUCAAAUUCCUUGUGUAUUUGUAUCGCUUGUUAUACUAUUGCAGUGUGGGGUUGCAAACAUAUUUCCUCACUACUUUAUCUCUUUUUAUUUUCUUUUUUUUUCCCGCCCCCAUGUUACUCUGCUACACUGUAGUAGAGGGAAUAUUCUGAGAAAGAAUGCCCUAGCUACAUGGCCAGUCAGCGCACAAGACUUGUUCAAGAUUAUGCAGAAACAGCACUAGACACAGAACACUAAACAUGCAUCGCACCAAAUUGAAAAACUGCUUAUUCUGCAGAGGGCACAUGCAUAAUUAUGAUUCUGUCUCAAGAUAGCAAUGAAAUGUGCAAAUUACUUUAUUUUUGUUUGCUCUCUGCACGCUGUGUAUUGUUGAUACAUGCAGUUUUUUUAAGUCAACACAAUGUUUGUUAUCUUUAUGUUGAAUGUUUACUGCCGUUUCCAUACAGUGCCUAAGAACCUAGACUGCCAGUGCUUGGCAUGUUGUUAUACAAGAGGUAUAUUAGUACAACAGAAUUCUUCGUGUCACCUGGUGAUUUUGGAAUGUUCAGAGAGCUUAUUGUGUCAUAAGCAUUGUGCAUUAAUAUAACUUGCAGUGUGCAGGAACCCACUUGCAUGCACGUUUAAGUUGUCGUCCGUGUUCUUUCCUGUGGCCUUGGAAAAAACUUGUUCUCAUUAAAAGGGUUGAUAACCAAAUCUUUUUUUGUGCUGCAUAAGGCAUUAUUGUCAUGUCACGGAAUGUCUCCUGAAAAAAGAAAUUUUUAAUGAACAUACACUGCAAGUAAAGAUGGGCAACUGUGGUGUAUAAGUCUAACCUACACAUAAA